AUGGAAAAGUCUGAAGAAGAACUUAAGAAAGAAGAAGCCGUCAAAGAAAAAAAUCUUGGUAAUGAAGCAUAUAAAAAACGGGAGUUCGAAGCAGCAUUACAACAUUAUGACAAGGCUUGGGAGUUGGAUCCUACUAAUGUUUCUAUUCUGACCAAUAAGGCGGCCGUAUUAUUUGAACAAGAAAAUUAUGAAGAAUGCAUUAAAAUUUGUGAGCAAGCUGUCGAUGUUGGUCGUGAAAAUCGCGCAGACUUUAAAUUAAUUGCUCGAGCUUAUGGAAGAAUCGGAAACGCGUAUGUUAAACUUGAUAAGUUGGAUGAUGCAAUUAAAUAUUACGGAAAGUCGUUAGCUGAACAUCGAACACCUGAAAUACUUGCUAAAUCUAACGAAAUUCAAAAGUUGAAAGUCAAACAAGAAAAAGAAGCAUAUUAUAAUCCAGAGCUUUCUGAAAAAGCUCGAGAAGCCGGAAAUGAACUUUUCAAAAAAAAUGACUUUGCAGGUGCCGUGCAACAAUAUACAGAAGCGAUUAGACGUAAUGAGAACGAUCCAAAACCCUAUAGUAAUCGCGCAGCUUGUUAUACAAAAUUAAUGGCAUUCCAAGAAGCGUUGAAAGAUUGUGAGACUUGUAUCAGCCUUGAUCCUACCUUCGUUAAAGCCUAUAUUAGGAAGGCAGCGGUAGAGUUUUUAAAGAAAGAUUAUUCAAAAUGUUUAGAGACUUGUAAAACUGCGCUGAACUAUGAUACGGAAAAAAAACAUGCAUCAGAAAUUCAAAAGCAGAUUAGAAAAUGUCAAGAAGCAAUGUAUCAGAGUAGUCCAGAAAGUGUAGAAGAGACAAUUCGCAAGGCUGCUAGUGAUCCAGAAAUAAUGAGAAUCCUCCAAGACCCCGUUAUGCAACAGAUUUUACAACAAGGCCAAGAAGAUCCGGGUGCCUUAAGAGAGUGUACAUCUCAAGAAUCCUACUGUGAAAGCAAAUAUCGAAAAGUUGAUGAACGCUGGCAUUUUGAGGACCGCUUAAAACUUUUUGACACUUGA